GCGGCGGCGGCCACAGCGGCGGCGGCGGCGGCGAUGGGAGAGCGCUGGUGUGCGGCGGUGCUGCGGGUGCUGGUGCUGCAGGCGGCCUGGGCGCUGGCGGGCGGGCAGGUGCGCUACUCGGUGGCGGAGGAAGCCAAGGCCGGCACGGUGGUGGGCCGUCUGGCGCAGGACCUGGGCCUGGAGGCGGGCGAGGCGGAGGCGCGGCGGCUGCGGCUGGUGGCGCAGGGCCGGCGGGCGAGCGUGGAGGUGAGCGGGGCGAGCGGCGCGCUGCUGGUGAGCUCGCGGCUCGACCGGGAGGAGCUGUGCGGCAAGAGCGCGCCGUGCGCGCUGCGCCUGGAGGUGCUGCUGGAGCGGCCGCUGCGCGUCUUCCAUGUGGAGCUGGAGGUCACCGACAUCAACGACAAUGCCCCCAUCUUCCCCGCCGCCCGCAAAAACCUCAGCAUCGCGGAAUUGUCUGUGCCGGGGUCUCGUUUCCCUCUGGAGGGCGCGUCGGAUGCGGAUAUCGGAGCGAACGCGCAGCUCUCCUACACACUCAGCCCCAGCGAGCAUUUCGGCUUGGAAGUGAAAUCAAAUAAGCGAAAUCUUGUACCCGAACUCGUUUUAACGAAACCUCUGGACCGCGAGACGAUUCCCGUUCACCGGCUGGUGCUGACAGCGAGUGACGGGGGCCGGCCGUCUCUGAGUGGGACAAUGGAGCUGGUGAUCUCGGUGCUGGAUGCAAACGACAACGCGCCCCAGUUCAACCAGUCGGUGUAUAAAGUGCAGCUGCCGGAAAAUACGGCCUCGGGAACUGUAUUUUACCAUCUAACAGCGACAGACAAAGAUGAGGGAAGUAAUCAAGAGGUAUAUUAUUCUUUUAGCGACGCAAUUUCUGGCAAAAUACAGGACUUUCAAAUUGACGAAAAGUCCGGGGAAAUACGGACUAUUGGUGAACUGGAUUUCGAGGACGUUCAGUCUUAUGACCUGGAGAUCGAAGCGAGAGACAAGGGAACGCCCCCGCUGUCGGGUCACUGCAGCGUGGAACUGAAGGUGCUGGACGUGAACGACAACGCGCCGGAGGUGUGGGUGACGUCGCUGUCGGUGCCGGUGGCGGAGGACGCGUCGGUGGGGACGGUGGUGGCCCUGCUGAGCGUGUCGGACCGGGACUCGGGGGAGAACGGGCGCGUGCGGUGCUGGGUGUGGCCGGCGUCGCCGUUCGGUCUGGAGGCGACGUUCGCGGGCUCGUACUCGCUGGUGCUGCGCGAGGCGCUGGACCGGGAGCGGGUGUCGGAGUACGAGGUGGAGGUGCGUGCGGAGGACGGCGGGGCGCCGGCGCUGCGCGCCAGCCGCGGGCUGCGGGUGCCGGUGUCGGACGUGAACGACAACGCGCCCGCGUUCGCGCAGGCCGUGUACACGGUGCUGGCGCGGGAGAACAACGCGGCGGGCGCGGAGCUGGCGCGGCUGUGGGCGCGGGACCCGGACGAGGCGGGCAACGGGCGCGUCAGCUACUCGGUGUGGGAGGGCGGCGCGGGCGGCGGCGGCUGGCGGGCGGCGUCGAGCUACGUGUCGGUGGACGCGGAGAGCGGGCGUCUGUGGGCGCUGCGGCCCCUGGACUACGAGGAGCUGCAGGUGCUGCAGUUCGAGGUGCGCGCGGUGGACGCGGGGGAGCCGCCGCUGUGCGGCAACGCCACGGUGCAGCUCUUCGUGCUGGACGAGAACGACAACGCGCCGGCGCUGCUGCCGCCCGCGGGCUCGGCACCGGAGGCGGGCGGCGUGGCGGCAGCGGAGGCGGCGGCGGCGGCGGCGGCGGGCUCGGAGUCGGGCACGCUGUGGGCGUGGGCGGCGUGGGGGGCGCCGGCGGGGCAGGUGGUGGCGAAGAUCCGCGCCGUGGACGCCGACUCGGGCUACAACGCGUGGCUGCGCUACGAGCUGUGGGAGCCGCGGGGCAAGGGCCCGUUCCGCGUGGGGCUCUACAGCGGCGAGGUGAGCACGGCGCGGGCGCUGGACGAGGCGGACGGGCCUCGCCAGAGGCUGCUGAUCGUCGUGCGCGACCACGGCGAGCCGGCGCGCUCGGCCACGGCCACGCUCAGCGUGUCGCUGGUCGAGGCCGCCGAGGCGGCGGCGGCCGCGGCCGCGGGAUCCUCGUCGUCGUCGUCGUCGUCGUCGGUGUCGCGGUCGGCGCUGGGCGUGGAGCUCGGCCCCGGCGCGGCGAGCGCGGCGACCAACGUGUGGCUGGUGGUGGCCAUCUGCGCGGUGUCGAGCCUCUUCCUGCUGGCCGUGGUGCUGUACGGGGCGUCGCGCUGGGCGCCGCGGGCGGCCGUGCUCUCGGGGCCCGGGCCCACGACGCUCGUGUGCGCCAGCGAAGUGGGCAGCUGGUCGUACUCGCAGCGCCACAGCCGCAGCCUGUGCGUGGCGGACGGCGCGGCCAAGAGCGACCUCAUGGUUUUCAGCCCCAACUUCCCUCCGCCGCCGCCCGGCCCCGCGCCCAAGGACACGCAGCCGGAGCCCUCCGCUCUCCUCGACACGGUCAGUGGUCCUUCCUUCAUUCCCUUCUCUGCUCCUUUUCAUCCGCCCUCUUGAGAAGCUGCUCUUUGAAGCCGGGCUCAGUUCCCACGGCUUACGGACGUUGGGUACUUAGCGGGUCCUUAAGGAUGCCAAAGGCACAUUUGCAUCUGUCACCACGACCUUGCUGGAGCCCCCGGCUCUUUCUGAGAGGGUCCAGAAUAUAGAUAAGGCAGCGUCCCUGAGCAGUUCCUGUAGGUGCUCUAAAUGUGAGUUCUGCUCUAGAAUUAAAUUACUUUUCUGUGCCACA